CAAUUUGUUUGAUACCACACUUGAGAUGGAUUGUGUGCAUUUCUAUUUCAUUCAUUUCAAAAGUGAUAUAAUUGAGCAACAUAAGAGGACAAUGCACGAUUAACCUCGGCCUCCGUAACGUUGAUAUUCAGUGGUUAGUUAAUCCGGUCAGUACUUCAUACUGACGCAACAGCAACUUGCCUUUUUUCUGUUGCCACUUUUUUAUGGAUGGUACUUUCACAAUAUGCAUCUUUCAACCCGGGCUUUCAACCCAUUCUGUAUUAACGAUUCUUCCCCCAUGAUCAAUUGGUGCAUUUGUCUGAGAAUGACCCGUUAAAGUACCAAUACAUACUCUGCUGAUCAUGGCCUGAGCUGAGGGAUAGAGAGGAAUACUGCUCCCUGGUGCUCAUUUGUUCAUUUUUCCGUUGAUUACAGUCCCCCUCCUUGUAUGUAUUGUAAUUUCCCAUGGCUCUGUGGCUUUAUUUAAAUAUGAUAUUUACUCGUUUCUAAACGCAAGUACAACAAGGUCAAUAUUCAAGAUGUCAUCUGCCAGCUCUGAUGUCUUUGAAAAAUUCAUAAAAACUGCUGCUGAACAGUCGUCAACAAGCGAGCGAACAAGGGAGCAAACACUUGACUUCAUCACUCGACAGCGGUCCAGCAUUGGACUCCUCACAGAGCCCAAAGUUCUGGCGCAUCUCCUCGCAUUGCAUCGUGAACACAAUCAACAAGUGGCGACUGGAAAUAGGAAUGGCUCCAUGACUCGGAGAAGCAGAAAUUCCGUCUUUGACAUGGAUUUUCAGCGGGAAUUACUCGCAAGGAAGAUUUCUGUUUACAAUAGGACCAGCCAGUAUGAUUCAUUUACAGUCGCUCUCAAAGAGGGACUUGUCUAUGAGGGAGUACUGCGUUUCCAUAUUGAGUUAUCACCUAAUCACAUGAUCACUAAGGCUUUGAGAGUAACCAAUGACAUGACAGUAGACAUGCUCUUACCCCUCCUUCAAGAUAAGAUGCCACAAUUUGAUCUCAGCAGGAGUCAUAUUUACCAGGUCCAAGGCAAAGGUUAGAGUUUGUUUCAUCUUUCAUUAUUACUGUCAUCCCCAUCUUUAUAAGCAUUGUUGUUAUCACCAUCAUUAUUUUAAAGCAGGGUUGACGAUUUUUUUGAUUUAAAUCAGAUUUU